UGAGAGACCCCUUUCGGCGAAAAUUUUGACUUAAUUCCUUUUCAAUGGUGUUUUUGUGAACGUGAACCGUUUUCGGACACUAAAAAUAAAUCGCAGGUAAUUUAGAAAAUCCGCAAAUAUUCGUUAUCAAAUGCAUUAUAUUUUAAUUGAAGAAAUGUCGAAUUUUCAUCUGAUGUCCAUAUAUUUGGCGAAUAUCCGGUUCAGUAUUAGAAAUCAGCUGAAGAAGUUACCGAUGUUUCUGUGGUUGACACCGUAUUUUAUAUUCAAAGUACGCUUUUACUCAGUAAAUAAUUAUCUGUGUAUCACUGAAACUAUGCCCUGUUUCAAGGGAAUAGUGUGUUUAAAUAGUAUAUUCCAAUUUUGCAGUGUUUGAAAGAAUCAAUAACAUAACCUAACAUCAUAAACUUUGGUUUUCGGCCUCCCCCAUUUUUGUCUACCACCAUGGUGCGUAUGAAUGUAUUGAGUGAUGCUUUGAAGUCGAUAAACAAUGCUGAAAAACGUGGCAAGAGACAGGUGCUCAUCAGGCCAUGCUCAAAGGUUAUUGUGAAAUUUCUGACUGUAAUGAUGAAACAUGGAUACAUUGGUGAAUUUGAAAUUGUCGAUGACCAUAGGAGUGGAAAGAUAGUUGUUAAUUUGACUGGUAGAUUAAACAAAUGCGGAGUAAUCUCCCCUAGGUUUGAUGUACCUAUCACACACAUUGAGAAAUGGACAAAUAAUCUGCUACCUUCACGUCAGUUUGGAUAUGUUGUGUUAACUACAAGCGGAGGCAUUAUGGACCAUGAAGAAGCUAGGAGGAAACAUUUGGGAGGGAAAAUCUUAGGAUUCUUCUUCUAAUGUAGAGUUAUUUAAUAAAGUUUAUAAGAAACAUCUUUUGCUUUAGUUUUUUUUGGACAUGCCACAGCAUUUAAUUUUAAUUCCACAAAGGCUGCCAUGUAUACCCUAUUUCAGGAGUAACCAUUUUGUCUACAGAUGUGAACAGCUGAUCAUUAAGUGACACUUUGUGUUAGUCUGCAAUGUUUGCUAUAAUGAAUGAGGUGUAAAUCUAGCACAAAUUUGUUUGCAGCUUUUUGUUUUUUGUAUGUGAAUGAACUGUUCUAAAUAAAAGAGCU